AGUAUGAAAUCGUUGACCUCUCAUGCUGUUGCUCCUGUGCUUUCAAGCAUUAGUUGAGAACAACUAAGAACCAGAACACAAGAACAGUACCCCAAACCCAAUGGAUUGUGACCCUUAAACCAAUCUUCUUACAUUAUUAAUCUUCGGAAAUCCUGGUAUUUUCAUCUGGGGUUUCUUCAAAAUCAGUUCUUUUUAUCUCGUUCUUUAUAUCUCCUUCCCCAUUUGUUCUUGUCUCGCUUCUUCUGUUUUUAGCAUCUUCUUUUGUUGAUCAUCAGUCAUGUGGGAUAUUUAAGGCUUUGAAGUAGUAUCUGUCACUAGUUUACACUCAAUCAGAUGUUCUGUACUGGAGUAUCUAAAGGAGACGUUAUUUGUUAUUGACAACAGCAAGAUCUACAGUUCUUCCUGUGUUGCAGGCUGUAUUGAUACAACAUGCCUUAUUAUUCACAGGAUUAUUGUUAUGGCAGUUGCUCCUGCUGAGAGUAUUGCCUCACUGAGUAACGACCUCUUCUACGACAUAUUAAGACGUCUUGACGGCCUUACGUUGGCUUGUGCAGCUUGCACUUGUACAUCAUUUUGUUCCAUCUCAAAAGAAGAGAUCUUAUGGGAAAAUGUGUGUUCUUCUAUGUGGCCUUCAACAAACAGGGAAGAUGUCAAAAUUUUAAUAUCUUUUAUUGGUGGAUUCAGAAAAUUCUACGCAGAUUGUUUUCCUCUUAUUGUUAUGAAGGAGGUUGGAGAGUAUCAAUGGAACAGAUAUCAUGAGUACCCUGAUGAUUGGACUGAGGCUGAAUAUUAUGGGGAUAUGAAUGAAUUAGAAAGCAUCUCUCCAUCCGAUUUUGUUUCCAUAGUGGAUAUCAAGUUCAAGGAGAAACCAAUCUGCUCCAAAGUUCUAUGGGGAAUUCCAAACUCAAAUGGCUAUAAUGGGUGGUUCUACAACUGUCCUUUCCGGAUUGAUCUUCUGAGUUGUGCUGAUAGAGAUGAUAACAAUGAUGGUGUGGUUACCCUUUCUGUUUCUGAUGGACUGCCACCAAUUACUUCUAUGGAAAGGGAAAAGAAAGAUGGGAAGCUGUGGCGGGAACUUCGUGAUGGUCUCUUGCUUAGUUGGAUCAUAGUAAACAAGAAAAUUAAGCAAUCUGCUAAUCUUGCUAGCUGGAGCCCUCUAGAUGGACAGAGACAUUGGCCAACAGAUAAGGAUUUUGUCUUUCGUUUUGGAUCUGUUCUCUCUGCCAAGGACGUUCUUCCUUCUCAAGUAGUGCAGUGCAUCUUCAUUAUGAAGUUUAGAGUUGUUCACACUGAACAAGAAGGUGUUCAAACAACUCUUAGAUCAACAGAGCUGAGUAUGCAGUUGGAAGACAUGGAAGGUGCUCAUGUUAAUGGGAGGAAAAGUUUGCUUAUUCUUAAGAAAGCACUUAGUUGCCGAAGAAGCACAAAUUACAGUGAAGUACUUGAAUCUUGUCUUGCAUACUCAAAAAUGCAAAAUAUGUUAAAAGAGGAGAAGAUUAGAAACGAAAGUAGGAUUGAUACAAUUUGUAUUCUAAGUAGCAUUGUUGCUAUAAUGACAUUCUGGUACUAUGUUUUGUGAUGUGGUAAGGCAUUCCUCAUUUUACUGAAAUAAGCUAAUGUUGAUCUAGCAGCAUAUUAUCAGCUUUGGCACUCCUCUUAUGUAACACAAGAUUCCAAAAUAAAGUAAAUAUCAAAGACAGCUCCAUUGCGAGAUUUGAA